AUGCCGUCCUUCUCCCAGGACGGGAGGGUCUAUCGAGACGAAGACUUCUCCGGCACGUCAACGUCAAAGCUGGACCGCCGAAUCUCUCGACCUCUCCCGCCAGAUGGGACCUCGACCCUCCCCGAGAUGCACAUGGUAGACUCAAGGCCCGCGGCAUCCAGCUCCGCAGUGCCGCAGCGACACCUGGUUUUCCCAGAUCCCAUCGCUUUCAAGUAUCUCGAGAACGACCCCUGUGUGGAAGUGGUCCAGCGACGAAGCGUCCUCCGCGGCUACGAUCUGUAUCUUGUUGAGCAGUGGGCCUGCUCGAGGAGACCGCCGACUCUGGUUAUUACGACCUACACCGGCAACGAAAAGGAUUCCAUCGUGGUUGGGGUGCUAGCGGUGCCAGCAGACGAAAGCCUAUUGUCCGAGGAGGUCCGAUUAUACCUAAAAAAGACGGAGCAAAACCAUGCGCGGCCAAAGAAUACCGAGCUGGGAGAGCUCAUGAUCACGAAUCUCAGCAGUUUCCCGUCAUCGCUCACCGUCAUUGCAGUGCCCAAUGGAGAUCUCCGACAGCACCGCCACCUGUUCAUCGUCAACGAAGAUUUGAAACGGCUAGGAUGCUCGGGGCGAUCUGGUCUCACGCUUACGGAACCCACCGAGGCGACUCAGUCUAAAUUCCAGCAGCUUUACAGAACCAGCGAUCGAAUCCCAUUCAACCAGUCAGUGGUGGAACUUAUCAAACUUUGCCAGGUUGCCUUGUUCAUGUUCGACAAGUUGGAUCACGCAUACAUUGACGGCCUGCUUUGCGAUGUCACGGAAAAGGCAAUCAACAAUUGGUGGACCGAGGUUGGGGCCGAACACUACAAUUAUGAACCGACAGAUGGGAUUCUGGGGCCGUCGACCGUUGCAGCUCUGCUGGGGAUGCUAUUGGGCGCGAGAAACCGACUGCAUUGGCAAGGUGCCCCUGUCUCAAAGGAUGUCUUUGAUCUUGAGAGCACCAAGCGGGGCAUCUCCUACUUUCAAAAGGCCCAGAAGCUGGAAAAGACACGACGACUAGAUCAGCAAACACUUUUCAAGUUGCACACGGCAACUACGAAAGCGGCAGUCAAAGAAGACUGGGGUGUGCAAAAGGCCAUCAAGUCGACAGUCACAGAAAUUGGCGGUAAAAGGGGAGAGAUGGUUAUCGACAUGGUGUCUGGAAAAGACAAGGGUGGCCUUGCCGACAUUGAAACCGUGGACAUUGACAAAUUUGCUAGCUUGGCAUAUGGUGAAAGACCAAAGUGGCUUUGGCAUGGCAAGCCGCGCCGAACACCUCUGGAACAUCAUGAUCAAGACCAAGACAUCGUUCCACCCCUACCAAAGACGGAGGCGAGUAGUAGCCAACAACCCGGAAAACGGACUCAUUCCUUGCCAGUGGAGGAUGAGUUGGAGAUGAAACGGAAAGAUGACUUGCUCUCACCAGAUGUUGGGGCUGCUCUUCGUCCCAGCGUGAGCAUGUUGGAGGGCCCAACAGGUGAAAGAGAUGCGCUGCACAAAACUGUGUUCAAGAGCGUUGCUGGAAAAAUGAGCGACGCUCGAUCAGGCUUUGGACGUUUCAAGGACGUAGUUGGCGCCAGGGGAAGAGGCCAUGGAACACGACUGUCUAUAUCAACAAAAGAGGAUGUCUUGGAAAACGGAAACGGAAACGGAUCUGCCAACUACCCGACCCUUAGCAUCCCGCCGAGUCCUGCCGCUGUGGUUAGCCGAGCGUUUACUUGGAAGACGAAGCCAGAGGAAUAUCUCUCUGCCAUUAAACGAGGAGACCCUGACGCUUUGCCUGGACUUGCGGCGGCGGUGUCUUCGCCCUCAUCAACGGCGGACUUGAGAGCGACGAGGCUACUGGAGUAUGAGAGGAAGCCAAGAGAAUCAGACAGAUCGUUGGAAAUUCUCAGCCCGGACAUGCACAAGUACUCGCAUCAGAGGACUGCUUCGGCCGUGCCAUCAACUGGUGAUGAGAGUGAUAUUGAAGUCAUCUGUCCCGGUAUCAGGGAAAGAUCCAAUUUCCGGCAGCUGGCAUUAUCAAGGCGUCGCAGUUGGGAUAUGGCGGAACUAUGCUCAAGCAGAGUACUUGAUGAAAAUAGGUGGGCACGACGCAUGUCAUUUGGCGAUGCUGAAGAAGCCGUCCUGUCCUGGGAAGAACUUGUCGACUUGAUGGACGAGACAGACGAUGAGGAGGAGACCGAAGUUCGAGCCUUGCAUGCUCGUCAACUCGCCCAAUGCAUCGAUAACAUUGUCUUUGAUAUCGAACCCUGGGUCAAAGACAAGAUCAAGUUUGUCCAGCUGCUUGACGACAAAUAUAGCAGAGACAAGGUGGAAAUACAACACUUGCAUCACCAGCUCAGCGAAAUAUAUCAUCGAGUCCAGUACAACUCGGACGAAAUGCUAGCGGAAGAACGUGCAAGCCUGACAGAGAGCGUCAAGGAGAUUGAAAUUCUCACGGCACGCCUCGAUUACGAGAUCAAUGCGCUGGUACAGAAAAUCAACGACGUGGAAGACGGCAUCCAAAACUUUGAGAGACAGGUUGAAGAUGUCGAGAGACGAGCGGAAGAGCUGAAAAAGCAGCUCGAGACGGAGAGCUGGCUGCAUUGGUUUGUGAGAACUUUGACUGGCGUGGGGACCGGCCCCCAUAUCACCCGGUCUGUAUCAUGACACGAGCAUAUAUCGUUUUGGGAGUUGUUCUUCUUCUUUUUUUUUUCCUGCUCCUUUGUUGAUUAUUUUACCCCCUUUGGCUUUAAUUAUUUUUAAUCGUCAUUUGCUGAAAAAAAUUGGGUUGGAGUUGGAAAUCAUUACAUUCAUACGGGAUACAUGGAACAUUGGCGUUUUACUCAUUUCCAUGUCUCAUUACUCAUCAUCAUGUCUCAUUUCGCUUUAUUGUCGUUCUUGCAAGAGGAUAGAUACCAUUUCGCAGAGGAGAUGUUUGUUGACUCGUCACGAUGACGAUUGCUGCCCCUGGACAGCACUCAGUAUAGUCUUUGAUAGCUUUAUACAUCUUGACAUGAUAUAUGU